UCCCGGCCGGCGCCCGCCCCCUCCGCCUUGUCAUUGAUGUUGUUGUUUUUGUCGCAGGAGCCGGAGGCGAGGCCGGGGCUGCCGCUGCCGCCGCCUGUGGUCGCCGCAGCAGCAGCAGCGGGGCUCGGGCCGGCGCCGGGCAUGUCGGUGUGCGGGGAGACGGUGGGCGCCGGCUCCCUGCCCAGCGAGCUGGUGGUCCACAUCUUCUCCUUCCUGGCGGGCCCCGACCGGCUGCGGGCCUCGGCCGCCUGCUCGCACUGGCGGGAGUGCCUGUUCUACCCGGCCCUUUGGCCGCGCCUCCGCCUCAGCCUCCGCGUCUCGCCGGCCGAGCGCCCGCGCCUCGAGUUCCUCAUGCGCAAGUGCGGCUGGUUCGUCCGUGAGCUCCGCGUACAGUUCGCCGCCGACAACUACCCCAGCGGCGGCGGAGGGGGGGCGGCGGCGGCCGUGGCGGGCGAGGGCGUCGCGGCGGCGGGCGACGGGGAGGCGCCGCCGCUGUGCCCGCGCUGGCUCGACUUGCUGAGGACCUACCUGGAGCUGGUGCUGUGCGUCCUGAGCAGCGUCCGCAACAACAGGAACCUCCAGAAGCUAAGUCUCUUUGGGGAUAUAAGCAUUCUGCAGCAACACGGAAGUAUGUCGAAUACAUACCUCGGCAAGGUUGACCCUGAUGGCAAGAAGAUUAAGCAAAUCCAGCAGCUGUUUGAAGAGAUACUAGGCAAUAGCAGGCAAUUGAAAUGGCUGUCUUGUGGGUUUAUGCUGCAAAUAGUAACUCCCACAUCAUUGUCCUCCUUGUCAAACCCCAUAGCCAACACCAUGGAACAUCUGAGCCUCUUGGACAACCACAUCCCUGGUAAUACCACUCUCAUCACUGCGGUUGAGCUGGAGCGCUUUGUAAAUCUGCGUUCUCUCGCUUUGGAUUUCUGUGAUUUUACAGCUGAGAUGGCAAGAGUCCUGGCUGACAGCAACCAUGUGCCUUUGCAUCGACUGUCUCUCCUGGUCCAUAGUGUUUCCAUAAUGCACAAGUCAUUGGACAGUAUGCCAGAAGAUGAGAACUGGAAGGCACUGACUCGCAACAGCGCUAAUCUUCGGGUCUACAUAAUGGCCUUUGAUGUCAAGAGUGAUGAUAUGUUAAGGAUUCUUAAGCCCAGUAUCCCCCUAGAGAGGAUUCACUUUGACAGCUACAUCACUUGCGUUUCAGGGGCCGUUGUUGACCUCAUAUCCAGGCAGUAUGACAAGUUCCUCACUCAUUUUAUUCUAAUGAAUGAUGUGAUAGAUAUGUCUGGCUUCCCAGAUCUUAGUGACAACCGCAAUGAAGAUCCGCUUGUCUUGUUAGCCUGGAGAUGCACCAGACUGUCUCUUCUAGCUGUUCAUGGUUACACAGUUUGGGCUCAUAACCUUAUAGCAAUUGCUCGUCUUCGUGGCUCUGACCUGAAAGUUCUGGAAGUCACAGAAGAAAGCAUCGAUUUUGACCAAGGAGAACUGGCAGAUCAGGAUGUGGAUCCAGUACACAAUCUCAUUGAGCAAGUAUCUCUCGGUUUGGGUCGACCUUGGCAUGCAGUCAUGGACAUAGAGCUGCUCAGUGUCUUCACUGAGCCAACCCGUCACUUCUACAGAGAGAUGCAGAGCUUCAGCGAAGGCAUUUAGCUCCUUAUUUACAAUUCCUGUGGUUACAUAUGCAAGUAGGGUCCUAUUAUGUUUUUUCAGUAGCGUGAAUUAACCCCUUUUGUGCUGUGUUUAAUCAGUAUUAGCUAUAUAGAAUUAUAUAUGUGUAUUCUACUUCUUGAUCAAAGAACGUAGUCGGGUAUUGGUUUAGAAGCUGAAAGUGGCAGUGUUUAGGGUUUUCACGGUUAAUGGACUUGUCUACCAAACCUUGGAGAGAUGCAGCCAGAGGCUGGCUGAGGUUGCCAGCUAACUUUAUUUUUAUUGAGUAACUGUGUUUUGAAUUAUUUUCUUAUUGUAUCGGAGUUCUAUGCUCAGGAGCUGACUCCUUAAUACCCAUAUCCAUAGCCCAGUGGAUUUCUGUGCUCUCGUUGUGUGCUUAAUCUGCUAGCAUGCUACUUAAUAGGCUUAAAGGAAGAGAAGCCUCUCCAGGGCUGUUCAUUGUUAAGACUCUCCCCUCGCUUUAUUUCAUGUGCAGGUUCUGAAGCAUGACUUAGGACCACUCUCAGCUGUUAAGCAGUGAUGUGAAACACUAGCUUUUCAGGUAUCUGCACUUCCAGGUUCACUCCAUAAGCCGUAGCCUUUUGGAUUCUUUGCAAACUCUUCCUCGUUUAUGCUCAUGUUCUGUCAUCUUCCUUAAAAGUUAGCUUUGGGCCAAAGUUUAGAAGCGAGAACGUGCACUCCGACGAGGUAAAAACGUAACAGGGAAGGCUUGAACACAAAGGUAUACACCUGCAAACCAACAUUAGUCGUGAAAUCCCUAGCAACCAAGUCACUGGAUUUUCUCUGUCAGCGCCUGUGUCAGCUGCCAAAGAAUAGAUUAAAAACGAAGAAGUGCCCACAUGCUGGCAGGGGCAGGCCGACUUUUGGCCAGCCAGUUACUGCUAGAUUGUAAUAUAUAAGGUCGAAUUUCGACCUGUGGUACACAGCUGUGCUGUGGCUCAGUCAGCAACCUCAGAACUCUUAACAAACAUGCACCUGUUUCACUGUGAAUAGUGAAUGUAAAGGAAGGAAAGGAAACAAAUACAAAGCUUGUUCUAUCACAGGUAUGAGCUGCUACGAUGCAUGAAGAACAUUCCAUGAAGUAUGUUUUAAAAUCUUGUUAUAUCUGAGAGGCUUUAAAAGCCGAAUUUAACUGUUUCAGGGCAACCGCGGUACAGACGUGGUCUCUGUGAGACUUCCACCUGACCCCAGUUUUAAGUGGUACGAAUGUUGUGCAUUUAAUGUUUAAAGGACAGUCUGCAAUAAUAAAGUUAAGUGGCCAACGUGGGUGCCCAGCAGUGCUGAGACCUGGCUGCUAUAUUGUAAGCUUUUGAUAAAAAAAAAAAA